GUCCCUCAUGCACCAGAGGCGACGCGCAUAGCCGAGAGGCACUGCUGAGGUCGGACGUCCCCCGGCUUCUGCUGCCGUCAGAGAGCGACCUCCGCUCCUCUUCCCUGCCAGGCACCCUCGCGACGUGGACGAGUACGAGGCGGGCAGCAGCCUCCAUGACCUCCGCCCCGCCACCAGCCUUCUCCCGGACCGCGCGGCAUUCGCGGACCUCAUCCGGAGCUGCUUGCAGCUGCAGCCCGCGAGCAGGCCUCUGAUGGCGGACGUCGCGGCGGACGCGCGGCGCCUGGCGGCGUCCGUCAACGCCCUCGGCUCUGCGGCAGCGAACGCGGUCUUCAUCUGCCCCGCGGCGGCACCGGAGGAGGAGGCGGAGGGCGGAAGGGCGAGCGAGAGCGUCGAGCUCACCUACUACUGGAGCGACCUGCCGCCGGAAGAGGGCAGGGCGAAGUGAAUGCAAACGCCCACGCCUCCGCAGCGUGAAAGCGGAGAGAGGGGCGGCGACGGGGCUCUCUCCGCCCCCGCCACCCCGCGCCCGCCCCCGCGCCGACCAAAUUUGUACCGUUUUUCGCGCUUUGACUUUGCCUCGCGCCAGGUCUAGACACCCGUCUGCAAGUGUGGCAAGGACAUGGUAAAUCGAGAUCUGUAUGCAUCGCAUGUUUUCUCUGUCUGUAACUGUCUUUUAUCUGUGAGAUACAGAUAGGAGUGUCGU